UCGACGACCGACCAAAUCUUCACUGUGCGACAAAUCCUCCAAAAGUGUCGCGAGUACCAAGUCCCCACGCACCACCUAUUCAUCGACUUCAAAGCCGCGUACGACUCAGUCGAUCGCGAAGAGCUAUGGAAAAUAAUGGACGAAAACGGCUUUCCCGGGAAGCUGAUAAGACUGACCAGAAUGACGAUGGAUGGUGCUAGGUGUUGUGUGAAGAUAUCGGGUGCGGAAUCGGACUCGUUUCCUUCACUCGGGGGGCUUCGGCAAGGCGAUGGGAUUUCUUGCCUCUGUUUCAAUGUGGUACUGGAAGGUGUUAUGAGACGAGCGGGCUUCAAUAUGCGGGGCACGAUCUUCAGCAAGUCCAACCAAUUCUGCUACGCCGACGAUAUGGACAUUGUUGGCAGAACGCUCAAGGCGGUUGCUGAUGCGUACACCGGCUUGAAGCGGGAAGCAGAAAAGGUUGGGCUAAGGGUGAAUGUGGCGAAGACAAAGUACCUGCUGGCAGGAGGAACCGAGUCCCUUAGGGCUCGCAUUGGACCGUGCGUUACGAUCGACGGCGACGAAUUCGAGGUGGUAGAGGAGUUUGUAUACCUCGGAUCGUUGGUGACGUCGGACAACAGCUGCAGCAGGGAAAUUCGGAGACGCAUCAUCGCUGGAAGUCGUGCCUAUUUCGGUCUCCACAAGAGCCUAAGGUCCCGGAAAUUCUCCCUACAUACGAAGUGUUCCAUCUACAAGUCGCUGAUAAGACCGGUCGUCCUCUACGGGCACGAGACGUGGACAAUGCUCGAGGAGGAUCUACGAGCGCUAAGCGUAUUCGAACGUCGAGUGCUCAGGACCAUCUUCGGCGGCGUAUUUGGGAACGACGGCUGGCGGCGGAGAAUGAACCACGAGCUUGCGCAGCUCUACAACGAACCAAGCAUCCGGAAGGUCGCGAAGGCUGGACGGUUGCAGUGGGCGGGUCAUGUUGCUAGGAUGCCGGAGCGACCCGAGCAAUUAAGCCAGCGGAACCAGAGGAUCAACCCUGCGAAGUUGGUGUUUGUGUCGGAGCCGGUAGGAACAAGACGUAGGGGGGUGCAACGCGCGAGGUGGGUGGACCAAGUGGAGAACGAUUUGGAGAGAGUGGGUGCCCCGCAAAACUGGAGACAAGCAGCCAUGGACCGAGCUUGUUGGCGGAGAAUCGUGCAGCAGGCCAAGCUAAUGGUGUAGCGCCAACAAAACUAGAGAAAAGUUUCUGAGAGUAGAACAUUAGUACUUAAAUGUAAACCAGACACCAAUCAGCCGUCAGUCUUCAUCGAGUGGUGGCCUGACUCGGAUGUGGGUUCCAGUGCUCUUGUAACAAUCAGUAAAAAAACGAAAA